CUUCCCGGGGCCAAACCCGGCCCGACCCGACCUCUGCUCUCCCCGCAGCCGCUGUCCUGGGCUCCUGCCUGCAGCCGGCGCCGGCCCAGAGCCACAUCGCCGUCACCCCUGACCGGCCGCCAGCCCCGCAGGUCGGCGGCGCCGUGACCUUGGCCCUGCAGCCACCGCAGACCGUUUCGGUCUGCACCUGGUACCGCGCGGCUGACGCCGUAUCAACCGCCGAGAUCUUGACCUACUCCCAGGACAUGGGCCAGAGAAACGGCUCCAACUACACGGGGCGCGAGACGGGGCGGCCCGACUGCUCCCUGCACAUCACGGGGUUAAUGCUGAACGACUCCGGCCCCUAUUCUCUGUGGAUGCCCACGACAGGCUCCCUUGUCACGGUGACCUUGGCAGUGUAUGAGAUGCUGUCGCAGCCCAAGGUGAUAUCCUCCAACUUCACGGUGGUGGAGAACAGGACCCUGAAGCUCACGUGCGAAGCCCCCCCCAGCACCGAGACGUUGCUGUGGGACCGCGACGGCUCUGUCCUUGUGCCCGGCGGCCGUGUGGAGCUGUCCCCAGGGAACCGGACCCUGAUGGUGCCGGGGGUCGGCCGGGACGACGCUGGUAAUUACACUUGCGAGGUCAGGAACCCCAUCAACUCAGUGCGGAGCGAGGGGGUCAUUGUGACCGUGAUCUAUGGUCCGGUCACUGCCCACAUCGCCCCGCCGGGGCCCCUGCACCCGCUACUUGGUGACAACGUGACCCUGACGUGUGCGGCCGACUCGUUCCCGGCCCCGCGGUUCCACUGGUCCCACAAUGGGUCUGAUCUGGUCCCAGCCCUGACCAGUGCCGUCCUGAGCCUGGUGCUGAGGGGCGUGGAGCAGACAGGUGUGUUCGAGUGCCUCGCCACCAACCCCCACACGGGCCGCAGCGCCACCACCUCCGUCUCCGUCACCCUGGGGCCGGGGCAGCAGGCAGAUCCCAGUCUCUCAGCCGGAGCUGUGGCUGGGAUCACGCUGGCAGCCGCAGCGCUGGGGGGGGCCCUGGCCUAUGUCUUAUUCCAACACUGUCGGAGGAAGAAGACACCACAAGGCAGCAAGGACCCCCCCCCGGUGUAUGAGAAUGUGAACCCCCCGGCCUGCGUGGGGGCAGCGGCCCAGCCCGGGAGCUCCCCCGACCCCACCUACCAGACGCUGCAGCCCGGCACCAGGGACCUGUACCAGGAGCUGAGGACCUGAGCAAUGCCCCCCCAGCCCAGUGCAUGCUGGGACCUCAGUGUACUUGACCCCUGCACUGUGAACAAAUACAGAAAACCCUUGCUAUUUGCA